GUGAGCAUUCAAGUGCACUUCGCCGUCAAGCACAGCAACGAGUGUCGCUCUUUGAAAUGCACUUCGUGCAGUGCUUAUUUCCGCACAGAAGUUGAAUUCCAGGUGCAUGUGAAGUUAGCUCAUCUAUCAUCCAAAAAUUUCCAUGGGAGCAAUCCCACGUCAUAUCGUUGCCUCCUGUGUGACCAGCUGUUUCCCAACGAAGUCCAGUUGCGAUUCCAUGCGUCCACUCACAAGAAGCAGUUCACGUGCAGUGCAUGCGGGGACGCCUUUCAUGUGGAAUUCUUGCUUGACAGGCACAUUCAGACCGUCCAUCAGGGUGCCGUGACAUCUUCUCCGCCUCUUCACCAGUACAUGGGCCUUCAAAAUAAUAGCCCCGUGCCGCAUCCAGCGUCCUCUGGUAUUAAGCAACAAGCAUCCACCUCGCAGGGAAACGAGGAAGCUCAAAACCUGUGCACGAAGAAGUCGGCCACUGGCACGCAAUCCAGAGGUGAACAACAACAUUCCUCCUCCGAUCCGAAUUCCACAACCACAUCAGUUACCAAUCCUGCUGUAUCAUCGCCUUCAACUGCUUCCGUCAGCACGACUUCAGCAACAACCGCGAGUCGAGCUGACUAUCGAUGCGAUAUAUGCGACGUCGUCUGCUCGUCGGAGUCUGGACUGGCAGCUCAUAGACGACAAGCUCAUCACUUGCGACUGCACAAAGAACACAAAUCCGGCAGCAGUCCGGGAGCGGUGAGCCUUUUCUGUGCCUACUGCAAUGAAUCUUGUAAAUCGAGAGGAGAACUCGAAAACCACAUGAAGGCGCAUACAGCCACGCCCAGCAAGCACAAAUGCAACAUCUGUGAUGAAAUGUGUCCAUCGGCGACCACGUUAGCUGAGCAUAAACUUACUCACUGUAAGGUAAUAUCUGGGAGUACCUGUAUUGUGUGUCGUGUUCAACUUUCAAGCGAAGACCAGUUCUUGAGUCAUAUUCAGCAACAUAACACGUCAUCUCCCAACACCAGCGGCAAUGGUCUUCCGGUGCCUUGUGUUGUAUGCAGACAAACCUUGGUGGUGGAUGUCGAAGUUCGCAUGCACGCUAAGUUCCAUUUAAAGCAUGCAUCAUAUGAGCCUCCUUUGGGUACACCAGCACCUUGCUGCGUGUGCUCCAGAAUGUUCGAUCCUGGAAAUCUCAUCAUCCGUGCGAGCGGUAAAGCAUCAGACUCCCUUCCUCCACAUACGUACAUGUGUAAAGACUGUUUCCAUUCUAAAGGCGACGGAGAGAUGGGUUCUUUGAGGUGUUCCGAUUGUGGUGUUAAAUUUGAAUCUUACGGAGACCUUGAUCUUCACAGAAAAGUUAUGCAUCAUCGAGGUGACAAGAAAACAUAUCAAUGCAUCAAAUGUCAGAUGUCUUUUGAGUCUGAGGCAGAUAUACAAGCUCAUGUCACCUGCCAUGUGUUACACGAGGGAACACACCAUGAGUGUAGACUGUGCCAUGAGGUCUUGGACUCACCCUCCAAACUGCAGUGUCAUCUAAUUGAACAUACAUUUGAAGGGAGUUCGCAUUAUACCUGCUACUUGUGUGCCUCCGUGUUCACUGGCUCGCACCUCCUCCAGCGCCACAUGUUGGAUCAUGGAUUGGAUUCUAGACCUUAUGAUUGCUCUGAAUGUCGCCAAAAAUUCUUUUUCAGGGCAGAGCUAGAAAACCACUCCUUCAUCCACUCAUGGGAAAAUAUUAACAGACUCCAGGCCACACCCAAUUCUAUGGUGAAAAGCUCUGGAAAUACAGAAACUCCUCGUUUAUUGUAUGGAUGUCAAAAAUGUCCGUGCGUCUUCGGUAGUGCCAGUGAUCUAGCGAAGCAUCAACGCUCACACAGCCAUGACUCAAAUUUCAAACCAGAGCUCAGCUCGCGAUCUUCACUACCUUGUCCAAACUGCGGCAUGGAAUUUGCCUCAAGAGAUGAUUUGAGAGGACAUAUGAUAUUAAUCCAUCCUUCAACGCCCAUGAGAGACGCUUUGUUAUCAGAGAGAGUACCCAGACAAGACCUGUAUAAUUUUGAUGGGGAAAAGCAUUCGGAGGAAAAAAUGACUCUUAGGCAGUCUACUAGUAAGGCGACAAGAGAAAAGAAAUCAUUUGAAUGCCCUGUUUGCAAGAAACGCUUCACGAGGAAGGAAAACAGAAAACUUCAUAUGAAAUCCCAUCAUCAAAAUUCCGGAUCCAAAUCCUUUCCUUGCACGCAGUGUGGUAAAGUGUUUCUUAAGCGCUCAAACGUGAAGGAACAUAUGAGAACACAUAUUACCUCGACAACCCAUCCCUGUGAAAUAUGCGAAGAAUUCUUUCCGUCCACUGCACUUCUGAGGCAUCAUCUUAAGGAUGUUCAUGAUAGAAAAUUUGAUCACAGUUGCAUUGUAUGUGAAAAUUUAUUCGAUUCGGAAGAACAGCUACAGGAUCAUCUGAACGAAGAACAUCAAGUAAGAGUUUUAGAGAGACCACCCAAUGACUCGGAGAGAGCUGACGACCAUUCUGCACCACCGUCGCCUGAGCCAUCAGCUUCUGAAGAAGUUCGGCAGUCUGGAUCUAGCACAGACGAGCCGGAAGGCAAUGAUAUAGAAACAUCCUCUGUCAAUGAGCCAAAGACUGAAACCAUAGAGUUCAAUGGCCCAGAAGAAAGACCUAAUCUGCCAGCCGAAGUACUAGCAUGACUGGAAAGUUAUAGAGGAUGUCACUAGUUCUUGAUAGACAAGACUUUACUUGUUCUGUGGUUACUUAUUUAGUUCUUCAAAUUUGGCAGCAUUACACCGUCCUCUUCUUUUAUUUUCAGCUCGAAUAUGAACGAGUUCAGGUGUCAAAGCUUAAAAAUGGGUCUGGUGUAACUUUGACACUUGAUGUAUGUUUCAAAAGAAAAUGGAUUUGUUCAUUAUACCCUUGCAGAAAACUAGAAGCGAGUGGUUUUGCCAUUCGCAUGCCAAAAUCAAAUGAUGGCUGAAUUUUGAAGACAUUACGCCUCUUCGUUGUGAAUGUGAUAAUGUUAAGAGAUUUUGUGCUCGCAAUGGAGCUAUGUGGAUACCGGUGCUAUUUAUUACGAGAAUUUUAUAUUUAUUUCUCCCGUAUUAAAAUUUUAUUACUCAAGAAAUUUACGUUUAUAUAAAAAGUAUUGUUGCAUGACUUCACGCUCAGUACUCGAGAUUGUUGCAAAGGAUAUCCAUGACUAGGUGCCAAAACAAAACAAUUCUAUUUUUAAAUUUAAUUUAAAAAUAGAAUUCGUUUUAUAUUGAGGUUUAUCAAAAUCACUAAAUAGUUACAGCUUUGUUUGAAAGUAAUAUAGGAGUAUUUCAUACUAUAGACAUUUUUAAGCUUUUGCAUUCCAUGUAUUUAUUUUAAAUCAGUAAAACCAAAAUAAAAAAAACGCUAAAUAAGGUAAUGUAAUUAUCCUUAAAAAAACUAUCUCUCAGACUUUUUAAUAUUACAAGGAAUAUGGUUCGAAUUCCAAUAUAACUUUAUAAUUUGUUUCCUAUCUUUUGAGAUUUGGCCACGGUAAAAAUAAAAUAUUUAAUCAAAGUUGUAUUACUUUAACUCUCGUAACUGUCUACGACUCUUACGUAUUAUCUUGUUGAUUCAAAAUUUUGGCAUGGAAUUUUAAUAUACAACAAAUAUACAUUGUAUGCAUAAAAGUCUUUACAGGGCCUUUAUUUUUGCAAACAAUGAUUGUAAAUAUAUAAUUUCCAUUCAGGAAAAUGUUUUAAACAACGCUGAUUCACAUUUCGGCAUUUUCAAAUUUACAACAAUCAGUUUUAUAAAAAUAUGAAACCUAAUUUUCUAUACGGUCCUCCGAUUUCUAUAUUUUUAUUUUAGGAACAUUGUAUGCUGUAUAUUAGAGCCUGUAAGGUAUUUUUUCCUCUUCCCUUUACGCAUGCCUUCGUAAUGUAAUAAGAAGCAUACUCGACGCCUAUUCUAGAAGUCCGGGGUUCGAAUCCCGGCAAGGGCACUGCAUACUUUUCACGUUCCGGCAUCGAUAUAACCUAAUUUUGGAAAUCAUUAUAAAAAAUGGAACGAGGAACGUUUGACUCCCUUUCGACAAAAAUUGACCGAGAUGUUUAAUUUCAAAAUUUAGGAUAUUUGACAUAAUUUCUAGCUUGAUUUUGAGGGGCCGGUUGGUCAAUAAAUUAGAAUAGUUUGAGGUUGAUUUUUUUCUUUUAAAUACUAUUCCGUGAUGAUUUAUGUUACUUACGUAGUAUGAAAUAUUCUCUGAUUUAUAAUUUUGUUACGAUCGGUACAACGAAAGUACUUUUACACAUGUAAUUUAUAAGUUUCUGAACGCUAAAUUAUGUUCCUAAUACUCUCUGAAGUUUUAUUACUUUAGAUUUUUAUCUCAAAAUCAUAAAAACAUUAAUUAAAAUAGAAAUACUUUUAGCUUUUAAAUCAUGCAAAUAAUGUUACGAGAACAUGCUCAAUGUUCUGUAGCAUAGAAUUCUAUAAGAUUCGGUAAAUAAGAACUGAAAAAAACAAAUUCUUAAAAUAUAUAUAUAUAUAUAAAUUUUCAGAAUAAUCCGCACAGAAAUGUUUUCUAUCUAGUUUAUUAACGCUAUAUUAAGUUAGAUUUCGUGUCUUUUGCAAAAUAUACUUUCGAAAAUGCUAAAACAUUAUGAACAUCUGCGUCAUCUGAAAUUUUUGUUAUUGCAAUGAUAAGAAUACGACCAGCGGUUGUAAAAUUGAAGGCCUGAUAAGGACUUACGUCUACACACGUUAUGUAUGCAUAAUUUAUAUACAUUGGGUAUUUUUUUAUUAUAAAGGCCAUCGCGUAAACAUCUGAAUGAGUUUGAGAAGCAAGUAAGUUGCACGUUACAAAUUUGCUGAUUAUGUUUGUCACUUCUUAUAAUUAACCACAGUGUUAUGUCCUGGUUUCAUAAGGGAUUAACUAAUAUAAUUACAAAUGAUUUAAAGAUUAAAAAAACAGUAAAUGAAAAUAACUUAAUCAUGAUAUUUAACUCCAGAUACUCUUUAACUUCAUACUGAAAACCAAAUACACAUAUGUAAAUCUGACUCAUAUUUUAGUAUCAAUUAAUUAAAUGCGCAAAAUCUCGAAUCGAUAUUAUAAUCCGUGUUAAUUUGAAAGUCAGUAUUUUCCGAGACAGAACGACAUGUAGGGGAAUGUUGCGUAAGUCAUAUGCCUUAAGGAAAAAUAGGUUUAAAUCGCUAAGAUCUAUGAAGAAAUAAAAUUUAUGUGUGGUAAUAAUAUCUUGUGUUGUCGUUGCUGAUAUUUAUUACAAUAAAAUUCCAUGCAAUCUACUCUCUUAGAUAAAAUUAAUAAAAUUUAUGAACUCGUGUUUAAUACGACUUGGGCAACUACUAUUCUAAUUCAUACCACUCAUAGUUUAAGUCACAUUACGUUUAAAAUUUUACAAUUAUAAUAAAACUUUCUCAAUUAGUUUACUUAGGAGAUAAACCCGGUGUGAAACUAUAUGUAUGAAUGGCGGUAACUCGUUUUGAUGGAAGAGGCGCAGCUGGCGUGAUAUUAAGCCUAAAAUGAUACUACUAAAGCUGUGGUACGACUUGCGCAACCUUACCCUAAUUACUUUUUUUAAAUCAGCUGAUAUUAAUGGCAAUAAAUUAGAAAUUGACAUUGGUCAAUUUUGGAAAAAAUAAUUAUGAUGAGAAUUACGUCUAAAGGGGCUUUUUUUAAUAUCUUAUGUGUUACCUUUUUUUUUAUUAAAUAUUCCUGAUUGAAUAUUUCUUCGCACUUAAGCCAUACAAU